CAGUUAGCUUGUUCCACCCUGGGCCUUAUAUAAGGAUUUUAAACAAUUCCCUUUGCCACGCAGGGAGCCAGUGUAGAUACCAGGCUCGGUGUGGUUUAUUUCCUGUUAGCAUGACUGCUCUUAUUUAGAAAAACAAUGCCGGAAGUCCGCGCUAACUCAGUUCUCCUGACGCUACCCCGGACAGCCAGUCCAGCUCGCCUGCAUUCCUCCUCUCUAUAGCCUGACCGAUAGCGACAGAGAAAGAAAAAAAGGGGGGUGAUAGAGAGCGAGGAAACUGAAAUCAUGAUUCACGACGGUGCUGUUAUUAUGAAAUACAAAUCCGGGACUCUCUUCUAAGCGGACGUCUCAUCGAACCAGGCCGCGGUUAAUACCCACGUCAAGACGGCACCUUUUGGACCUAUCGCCGCCACAAAAGCUUGUUUUUCCUCCUCAAAGGACCGGGCUUCUGUCACCGUGCCUGUGUGUCCCAGACCAAGAAGAAACAGCAUUUUCACGGUGGAUAUGCUUUAAUGAGGAUUUACAAAAUGGCUGAUGACAGCUUCCCGUAACAAGGACAGAAAGCGACCUGCCCGUUCAGAGUAGAUCGCUGGUUCCAUCGGUGCUGUUUUACAGACCAAUACUUGAACAAUGUCGAGAUUCUGUGAGAAAUAGCGCAGUUGGGGGUUCGGUGUCCCGUAGCUAUGUUUUAAAAUGGUGAGGUGACGUCUGAUGUAUUCAACCGAGAUGAGGAAGUAGAUAAAUGAUCUUUAAAGAAAAGGUUGGUCGUGUGAUCCGAAUUAUAAUCUGCGUGGAUUGUGUUUGAUAGAUGUCGAGCAGGCCAGCAUUCCUGCGGAUCCUUAAAAGCCUUUGUUUUGUGCGCAGGAGCCGGACUGUUCCAACGAUUAACUAUGCAGUAAACAGCCUGGAAAAGAAAGGUGAUGGCCCCGGUGUGAUUUUCGUUCUCUUUAGGAGAUUAAAGAGCCUUUGUUGUCAACAGGAAAGUGGUAAAGCAGAGGCCUUGUGUACAUGCAUUCAGAAAUCCUUUCGUGUCAGAUUAAACCGCUCAUCUCGCAUUUUUUGACGCGUAUUUACCACCUGCAGUGUCCUCUGCUUGUUCGAGUGGUUCUCCUGUGUAGGAGUCGGUGGACAAUAGCAUCUGUAGGAAAUAGGGGGUACGCCAGGUUGAAGUUUGGUGAGAAGUAACUUGGGUGUGGGCUGGAGCCGUUGUCGAUCGUAAUCCCCCAGUCAGUACCAGAAGGUGGAUCAAGUAUGUUCUUCUCAGAUGGACUGUAGAUGUUCAGAUCUCUGUGCCUUGUUUGCUUUUCAUGGUUCACCUGGAGUAGGCUUCUCAGCUUCCUGUAGGCCUGAACACACACACUGAUAGAAGCACGCAGGAGGUCCAAAGACGGCAGGCCCCGUGUGCGAGUGAGUCAUUGACAGGGAAGGAAAAGCAACGUUUACUGUAAUCUCGCGUCCGCCCCUGCUGUGUGUUGUCAUCCUUGAAAUCCUCACUGGUCAGUAUUCUGGAAUUUGCCCACACACUGCUGCAUUUGUCUGAUUUAGAGGAGAUAAACAUCUGUGAGGGGCUUGUCAAGACUCCCGAGAGUGUUGGGUUUCUUCCUGUGCUGGCUAGACUUGGAGGACUUGCCAGUGUAUGCCUGCCUGCACCAUGAUGGCCUCGGAUAUGGCAGAGACGUGGAGGAACUGUUUUGAGGAGGAACUUAUCUGCCCCAUCUGCCUGCACGUCUUCUCAGAUCCCAUCCAGCUGCCAUGCAAGCACAACUUCUGUCGGGGCUGCAUCAGUGAGGCCUGGGCCAAAGACUCCACGCUGGCCCGAUGCCCCGAAUGCAAUCACGCAUAUACACAAAAGCCCAGCCUGGAGAAGAACCACAAACUGUCCAACAUAGUCGAGAAGUACAAUGCACUGAGCGUGGAGAAGGCAACCACUCCGGCGUUGCAGUGCAUCCUAUGCCGCCGUGGCCCGCCGCUGCCUGCUGUCAAAGUCUGCCUGCGCUGCAAUGCCCCCUGCUGCCAGUCACACGUCCAAACGCACCUACAACAGCCGUGCUCUGCUCUGGGACACCUGCUGGUGGAGGCGGAUGCGGUGAAGGCUUGGACCUGCCCUCAACAUGACGAGUACCGGCUGUACCACUGCGAGGCAGAGCAGACGGCAGUGUGUCAGUACUGCUGCUUCGCCCGGUGCCAUCCCAGCCAUGGUCACGCUGUCACCGACGUAGAGCUAAGGCGCAAUGACAUACGACAAAAUCUGUUGAAGCAGCAGGAGCGAGUGGAGGACCGGGUGCAGGAGAUCGAGGAGCAGCUCUGCAAGCUGGACUCGGACAAGUGUGUGGUGGAGGACCGGGUCUGUGAGCUGAAAGAAGAGGUUCGUCUGCAGUACCAGCGCAUGCAUCAGCUCCUAGAGGAGGAUCUGGGUCGGACACUUGAGGCUUUGGAGCGGGCCCAGGCUCGAUUCUGUCAAGAGAAUGCAGCCCAGGUCCUAGCGCUGGGGGAGCAGCGACACGAAGCCCAGAAGCUUCUCAGUUCCCUCCACACGGCCUUCAGCAAAGCAGAGGAGCUGAGCUUCAUGAAGAACACCAAACCUGUAAAAAUCCUCACAGAUCGGUCUCAGGCCUGCGUGGGCAGCAGUCUGCCUCCUUACAAAGUAGGAAGCAUCAACUCCAAGCUCUUCCUGUCUGAGAUCUCCAAAAGAGAGAAGAGCUUGAAAAGAACGCUGGAUGCUCCGCUCACGCCUCCAUCGACCUUUCUGCAGUCUGUUCCCGCUUAUCCCAGCGGUCAGAGUUCUGGUUCCGGCUCAGAGAAACGGAAACAUUCCACUGCCUUCCCGGAGGGAAAUGUGGGGAAGAACACUGCUCCUGGUAUUAAAGAUGGCUCCUCUUCGUCAUCGUCCUCGGCGAAGCAGCAGUAUAUGGGCUCAGGCUCGGCCUCUGGAGAAGGCCAGUCCACCAAUCAGCAGCCGCUCGGUCCCUGCGGUCCACCACACAUCGGUGAGGGCGGCGGCGCUGGCAGUGGCAGCAGCUCCCUGACCAACCACCACUCUGGCUCCGUGUUUGGCUCUUCUCACUUUCCACCUGGGAGCAGCGGCUCCUCCCACUCCUCCCAGCAGGCCGUGCUGCCUCAGUACGGUGGCCGCAAGAUCCUGGUGUGUACCAUGGAUAACUGCUAUUGUUCUGGAGUGCCCUCUGUGUCGGGCCACCGCAGCCACCCGCCGUACCCUCGCUCGGGCUCCUUCCCCUGGGUUAGUGCCCAGGACUACCCCCCUCCUCCGGGUUUGGGCUCAGGGGGUCCUUCUAUGCAGGGCUUGGCAGUGAGGGACUGGAUCGACGCUUCUCAGACGCAUAGACACGCAGAUUUCUAUGGGCUGUAUGGGCAGCCGUCCACAAAGCACUAUGUCACUAGUUAACAGAACACCACUCCUAACUAAGACAGGCACCGAGUUAUUACAUAUGAGGCCCGAUCCACAUAUGAACAGGGUCAACGUCAACAUAACCCUUUUCAUAUCACCUCAACCUCUUAUCAGGAAGCAUUUUCAACUUUGUUGGGCACGUCCUCUCGAAGGUGUCUCUGAACAUGGCGAGUAGCAAAGUUAAUGGGCUCUGCUAGAAUAUUUUCACCAUUUGGGGCAUGUGAUGUCAUCUGUGGAAAAGUGUGCAAAAGCCAGAGAAGUCACAGUUAAUAGUUUAAGUGAUGGAGACAAUUGGUUGAGAGGAAACAUGGUAUCGAAAUUAUGUGCAAAAACAUUCCGUAUGUUUAGAAUCCGAGUGAUUGUCUUUUGUGUUUCAGGCAGAUGUAUUUGAAAACAUAAUCAAAAAAGUAUUGAGUUUCUUAGAUUAAAUGGUAUUCAUGUGCCAACAUAAAUAUUUAGCUUCACACUCGAGACCUUUUUUGGGAAGAAAUGGUCCUUUUUGGAUGAAGAGAUAUUUAAACCAUGAUAGAGACGAGGCCCUGUGCAUGUGUGGAUUUGACCUGAGUAUCUAGAGACUGUCUUUCAAGUAUGUAAGAGGUGCACAUUGAAGGUGAUGUGUAACUACACACACACACACAUGUAGAACAUGUAAUCGGAGGCAGGGUCAAACUGUGUUUUCAUUCUAUUGGGUUCUUUUCAGCCAUUGUGCUAAGUCUUGUGUAUUAUAUGUAAAAUGCAUAUACAAGCCAAUAACUGCUUACUUUGGCACAUCCAAGCAUUUAACACAUGAAAAAGCAAGGAGAAGGAAGAAUGGCGUUUUUAUUUAUAGAGCAGAAAAACAAACUUUCACUGAAGAGUUCCUCUGUUCACUGAGGUGCAAAGGGAAGAAAUGCCUGAGCUUUUUCAUGUUCGUCCCUCCAGCUGUACUGAGGUCAGUUGCCUUAUGUUAUUAGCAACUUACUUUGAUUGAUCCUGUCAGCAGGGGCGCUGCUGCUUCCUCUUUUAUUCCUCCAUCGCAGCACUUCUUAAUUCUGUUGCUGAGUUCAGGGAUCGUCUGCUUGAACACUAAACGCGCUUCCGUAGAAAACCCACAAUCCAUUUGUGGACGCCUUGUCACGCUUCAGCCGUUGAACCGCAGGUGGACACUGGAGGACUGGCUCUUCGAUUUUUGGGAAUUCAUAACCUAUUUCUUUAGCACUCUCCGACGUGGGGAUCCGACGUCCCCAAAAUACCCUCGUUCAUUCCACAGGGCGCAAAUCUGACAAAGACUGUUUCCACUUCGUACUUACAAAUGACUUUGUGUUAUUUGGUACACAUCUCGGCGUCGCUCGCGCUUGUUUUGAGAGACUCUGUGAUUGUAGAAUAAUGACUUGACAGACCAAACUAAUCAAGCAUCUGGAGGAUCUGAUGAUGCUGUUCUUGUACUUCCAGCAGGGCAAAGAUGUCACUUCCUCUCAAUAAGCACACAGGCUCUUGGCUUCUCUUGGCACUAAGAAGAUGAACAAUAGGAGUGACAACUGUAUGCAGUUUUUUUUUAGAAACGUGUGGAAGUCAAUAAGGGUGGGACUUUUUUCAUGAACUUUUCUAAAAGACUGAACUGCGAGGCGUAAGCACUGGUCACCAUCCUCAAAAGGAGCUGUUACAGUAGUCGACAAAAAGAGAAAAAGGACAUUAAAAUAUCUUUUUUUUGUAAAUAUUUUGUGAAAUGGAAAAAUUACCGACGUGAUUUGGAGAAGGGUUCCAAAUAAAACAAACAAAUUGAAACAAAUCUCUGCCUUUUAUUCCAUUACUUCUGACGUGCAAUCCUGUAUUUGGGUCAACAAGAUGGAGCGGGUGAGUGAGCCCCAGUAUCAGUGCAACUGACAGUUCUGUGGCGAUUGAGGCUUCCAAACGCGUCUGUCUGGAUGAUUUGGUGGAGGAAAUGUUAUCUUUUUACCAGUGUACUGGGUGUUUGUUCUGGGCAUUCUGGGCCGGAGUAGUUGGUAGUGAAAGUGUGAGCU